ACGAUGACAAAACAGGCAGACACAAAACUAAAUUUAUAUGCCCCGCCGCUCCUCUCUCUUCCAUAUGCAGAGAGAGAGAGAGAAACGCAGAGAGAGAGAAAGGAGAGAGAUGGAAAACUCCGGCGAGCAAUUCGACGUAAUUGUGGUUGGAGGAGGCGUAAUGGGUAGCUCCACAGCCUACCAAAUCGCCAAAAGAGGCUUCAAAGCUCUCCUUCUCGAGCAAUUCGAUUUCUUACACCACCGAGGUUCCUCCCAUGGCGAAUCCAGAACCAUUCGCGCUACAUACCCAGAACCUUACUAUUCUUCCAUGGUUAUGGACUCCUCGAAGCUCUGGGAAGAAACCCAAUCCGAAAUCGGCUACAAAGUCUACUUCAAGACCUCCCAAUUCGACAUGGGUCCCUCUGACAACAAGUCUCUCCGAGCCGUAAUCGCCAACUGCGAGUCAGACUCGAUUCCUCACAGAGUCCUCGACGCCCACCAAGUGUUCGACGAAUUUUCCGGCCGAAUCUCCAUUCCGGAGAACUGGGUCGGCGUGGUGAGCGAAGUCGGCGGCGUAAUCAAAGCCACAAAAGCAGUCUCCAUGUUUCAAACACUGGCGAUCAAACACGGCGCUGUGUUGAGAGACAACACGGAGGUUGAGAACAUCGAGAGAGACGGUCUCAGAGGCGGCAUUUCGGUGUCUGCAAAGAAUGGAGAGAAGUUUUGGGGAAAAAAAUGCGUAAUCACAGUUGGGGCUUGGAUGAAGAAACUCGUGAAAAGAAUCGCCGGAAUCGAAGUCCCAAUUCAGCCCCUAGAAACCAGCGUUUUAUACUGGCGGAUCAAAGCGGGGCACGAGGACGAUUUCACGAUCUCCGGCGGAUUUCCGACGUUUGCCAGCUACGGCGAGCCAUACAUAUACGGCACGCCGAUGCUGGAGUUUCCGGGAUUGAUAAAAAUCCCGGUGCACGCGGGUCAGCCAUGCGAUCCGGAGGAGAGGAGGUGGGAGCCGACGGCGCCGGCGGUGGUGGAAAUGGUGAAGGAGUGGAUAGAGGGGAGGUUUGGAGGGGCGGUGGAGGCGGCGGCGCCGGUGGUGGCGCAGUCGUGCAUGUAUUCGAUGACGGCGGAUGAGGAUUUUGUGGUGGAUUUUGUGGGGGGAGAGAUGGGGAAGGAGGUGGUGGUGGGAGGGGGGUUUUCGGGACAUGGGUUCAAGAUGGCGCCGGCGGUGGGGAGGAUCUUGGCGGAGAUGGCGUUGCGUGGAGAGGCUGGGGAAGGUGUGGACAUAAAGCAUUUUGGGUUGAGAAGGUUCUUAGGGAAUCCUAAAGGUAACAUCAAGGACUUUGAAGAUCAAGUCAACUUUUGUUGCUGAAAAAAUAAAUAAAUAAAUAAAUUAGGAAUUCAUAAAUUUAUCACAAAUUGUAUGGAAGAUAGUUGUGUUUGGUUUUGUGAUUGAUUUAUGUACAAUUGAAAUAAUGAUUUCUUCUUUUUUCUAUUUGUGCAUUUCUAAAUUGAAUCAGUGUAAGAUUAUCUAAUCAUUUAAUAAAUGAAUCA